AGAAGUCUUUCUGCUAUGUUUGUCUUUCCAGACCACCUUCAGGAUUAUGUUGGAAAAGAGCAGGAUUUCUCUGACCAGCAGCUCUGUGGACGUGAGAAGAAUUCCAGUUUGGACCAAAAGGAACCAGAACCUCUGCAGAUAAAAGAAGAGCAGCAAGAACCAGAACAUCCCUGGACAAAGGAGGAAAUCAUGGAGCUCCCCAUUAGCGAGCACGAAGAGCAGCUUGUUCUGCAGGAGGAGAUGGAAGAUACAGGAGAGAAACCUUCCCCAUGUUUGACAUGUGGAGAAACAUUUCUGAAAAAAGAACAUUUAAUGGUUCACAUGAGAACACACAGAGGUCAGAAGAUUUAUAAAUGCCUGUCCUGUGGAAAACGCUUCACCUCCAAGUCUGUCCUUAGUACUCACAUCAGAAUUCACACAGAUAAAAGGCUUUUCUCCUGUACCAUUUGUAACAAGAAAUUUACUCGAAAGAAUAGUUUGACCAAUCACAUGAGAAUUCACACAGGUGAGAAACCGUUUGAAUGUCUGUCCUGCGGAAGAGGCUUUACCUCCAAGUCUUAUCUUAAUACUCACAAGAGAAUUCACACAGGUGAGAAACCUUUUGUUUGUCUAUCUUGUGGAAAACGCUUCACCUCUAAGUCUGAUCUUAAUACUCACAUGAGAAUUCACACGGGUGAGAAGCCUUUUGAAUGUCUGUCCUGUGGAAAAAGCUUCACUCAGAAAUCUCAUCUUAAUAGACACAUGAGAUUUCACACAGGUGUGAAGCCUUUUGAAUGUCUGUCCUGUGGAAAAAGCUUCACUCAGAAAUCCCAUCUUAAUACACACAUGAGAUUUCACACAGGUGUGAAUCCUUUUGAAUGUCUGUCCUGUGGAAAAAGUUUUACAGAGAAAUCUCAUCUUGAUAGACACAUGAGAAUUCACACUGGUGAGAAACCUUUUGAAUGUCUGUCCUGUGGAAAAAGCUUUACUGUUAAAUCUCAUUUUGAUAGACACAUGAGAAUCCACACAGGUGAGAAGCCUUUUUCCUGUACGAUUUGUCACAAGAAGUUUACUGUAAAAAGUAAUUUGACCACUCACAAGAGGAUUCACGCAGGUGAGAAACCUUUUGAAUGUCUGUCCUGUGGAAAAAGCUUCACUCAGAAAUCUCAUCUUAAUAGACACAUGAGAUUUCACACAGGUGUGAAGCCUUUUGAAUGUCUGUCCUGUGGAAAAAGCUUCACUCAGAAAUCCCAUCUUAAUACACACAUGAGAUUUCACACAGGUGUGAAUCCUUUUGAAUGUCUGUCCUGUGGAAAAAGUUUUACAGAGAAAUCUCAUCUUGAUAGACACAUGAGAAUUCACACUGGUGAGAAACCUUUUGAAUGUCUGUCCUGUGGAAAAAGCUUUACUGUUAAAUCUCAUUUUGAUAGACACAUGAGAAUCCACACAGGUGAGAAGCCUUUUUCCUGUACGAUUUGUCACAAGAAGUUUACUGUAAAAAGUAAUUUGACCACUCACAAGAGGAUUCACGCAGGUGAGAAACCUUUUGAAUGUCUGUCCUGUGGAAGAGACUUUACCUCCAAGUUUAAUCUUAAUACUCACAUCAGAAUCCACACAGGUGAGAAGCCCUUUGAAUGUCUGUCCUGUGGAAAACGCUUUACUGUGAAAUCUCAUCUUAAUGGACACAUGAGAAUUCCCACAGGUGAGAAGCCCUUUGAAUGUCUGUCCUGUGGAAAACGCUUCACCUCUAAGUCUGAUCUUAAUAAACACAUCCAAAUUCACAGGAGAAAUACCUUUUGAAUGUCUGUCCUGUGGAAAAAGCUUCACCAACAAAUCUAAUCUUUAUACACACCUCAGAAUUCACACAGGAGAGAAGCCUUUUUCCUGUUCGAUUUGUGGCAAAAGAUUUACUCUAAAAAGUCUUUUGACUAGACAAAUAA